CUCUCCCUUCAGUCACACUCUGUAGAUGCGACACGCAACUCUAGUCUACACAUAGAGCACCCUGAUCUCGACAUGGGCCCCUUGUUCUGCCUGUGUUUUGUCUUGUCCGACGUGAAAGCAAACCCCCUACCUCCAUUCACCUAGCUGCUUUGCUGUCACCAUCCUCUUUUCAGCCGCCACGGUUGAUGUUCUUGGAUACGGCGACUUGAGGCCCUGCUUGCUGCAAGUACCAAUUACCACGACCGCAUUUCCAUGACCUUUGCCGGGCUCGCCAUCUGGCUCAUUACCUCCCGUUAGAUAGCUCUACGGCCACAGGUUCUGGCGAUAAUCAGCUUCGCACGAAGUCGUUGACGCUCGAUCGCUUGACCCGUAGCUGACGAAAGUCGCCAAGUAUGGUAUCUACACUCCCAUUCAACAGGCAAUCCAUUAUCGGGGGGAUCAUCUUCCUCUUCUUCCUGUGGAGCCUGUCGACUUUCAUCCCGUCAACGUCUUCCACAACAUCCACACAAAUCACACAGGAGCCGGGAGACCAGCCGAACCAGGUGGACGGGAAGCCUGGAAGCACACCUGAAUACCCCUCGCCGGACAAGUCGACGCCUGUCCUAUCGCCCGAGCUUUCGCUUCCGCCUGGGUACGAAGGCGAAGGGGACAAAACUGCGAACAAAGCCCCCCCGACAUCCGCCCAGGGCUCACAACAUACUACGAGCGGAGACGCAAGCAAGGCCGAGAGCAUUGGCAGGCCUGCCACAGGGCCGAACACACCGCAAUCGUCCUCCUCACCCCCGGCCCUAAAAGACUACGGCAGGGCACUGAUCCUCUAUGCUUUCGCCGAAUCCGAGACCGCCCGUGAGAAUCUCAAGUUCUUCAUCAACCAGGGCCUGCAUGAUGCCGCCGACUUCAUUUUCAUUCUCAACGGAGAGACGAGCGUGGGGGCAAUCAUUCCGCAAAAGAAUAACAUCAGAGUCAUCAGCCGUCCCAAUACCUGCUUCGAUCUUGGCGCGUAUGGCGAAGUCCUCCGCAAGGACGACUUGUACAAGAAGUACAAGCGCUUUAUCACACUGAACGCGAGCAUCCGUGGCCCGUUCCUCCCUCACUGGGCGCAAUCAUGCUGGAGCGACCUGUAUCUUGGGCGUCUUACGGACACGGUCAAGUUGGUCGGUAUGACGGCAAACUGCUGGCCCCGGUUCCACGUCCAGUCCAUGAUCUGGGCCACGGACGAAGUGGGCAUCGAACUGCUCCUCAACCCCCCUCCAGGCUCAUCGACAAAGGAUGACUUUGGCACCGAAAACGACGCCGUCGGUAUGGGCGGCUGCUACGAUGGUUGGAACCAAGCAGUGCAUGCUGAGGUUGGCACUACUACCAUCUUUCUGAAGCAAGGCUACAAGGUCGACCUGAUGAUGGCAGCGUUCCAGAAGUCAAAGAACUACAUCGAGGAGUGCGAUACGUCGCAGAACGGCGACGUUCUCUGGAACGGCAAAUACUUCGGCACAAACGUCCAUCCAUACGAGACUAUAUUCAUCAAAGCCAAUCGGGAUAUCGACCCGACGCUAAUCGAACACCUGACGAUGUGGCAGCAAGCAUCAGGCUUCAACAGCUACUCCGUUUGCAAGGCAACAUCCUGACAGGACGAAUAUCGUCUUGUGCGGGUGGACGCUUGGCCGAGCUUUUGGCGCUUCGGAAUACUGAGGUUUAUUUUGCUUCUGCUGUUUUUAUGUACCAAGACACCGUACUAAUACAUGGCGUUAUUGGAAAGCAGGUGGCCUGAUGCUUUGCCCGAGGCCGUGUUUUGACGCGUGACAAUGCAGAACAUAUACCCUGUUUCCUAAGUAGCUCCAUCGUGCCGCAGCUGUUGAUCAGUGUGACCCU